CUCCUGGAACUGUUUGACAGCGAGGACCCCCGGGAGAGGGACUUCCUGAAGACUGUCCUGCAUCGGAUCUACGGGAAGUUCCUGGGGUUGCGGGCUUUCAUCAGGAAGCAGAUCAACAACAUCUUCUUGCGGUGAGUGAAUAGUGAAGUGCCCCUCGUUCACAGAAACAAACAGCAGGGCCUCCUUCAGAGACCCACACAGGGAUCCGUCAAACUGGGUUUAAACCCCCCGCAGCUCGGCCCAUACAAGGUCCAUGGCCGUAUUCAUUAGGGCCUACCGUAGCAAAACGUUUCGCAACGGAAUAGAAAUUAGCAUUUAUCAUUGGACGAGUUCAGGUAGUCCACGCUUGUUGCCUAAUGAAUACGACCCUUGUGUUUUUCUCCAGUUGGCUCUUUUUACAAUGUGAGCACUGACGACCUCCUCUUUUCACACCGCAACCACCCAUAUGUCUCUGAAAUCCCACACCUGUCAUUUAGCUUCCCCUCUUCUUUCUGUCAAUGCCCUGGCUGAGAAGGGGAACUGUGCUGCUGUGAGUGUUUCCUUGGCAGGCUUUCCCAGCCAUGCUCUUUCAGACAGAAACAGCAGCAGCGGCUUGGGGACAUCUGGUAGAUAGACUACGUCAGACCCCACAGCACAUCUGGUGUCAGUGCACAGAAAAUGUCCUUUGGUCAUAGGGUCAAAAGUAAAACGGGACUCUCAUAAAGGAUAGUUUUAGACUUUCUAGAUGCAGUACUAUGAUGACAGUAGAGUCAUUAUUUUGGAUUGCAAUAAUGUUGAGCUUUUCUCAAUCCUUCGGGCUCCACUCCUAACCCCAAACAUAAUGUCUCAUCUCAAGUCACGACCACUAGCAAAACAGUACCUCCAUUCGCAUUACUCAAGUAUAUUAAAAAAAGAAAGAAAAGAAUCAUGUGACACAGAAGCACAGCAGAGAUUCCUGUUGCUCUGGUUACAGAGAAACGCUUUACUCAUUGUUGAUUUUGGGAGGGGCCGCUCGACAUUGACCAUCUGCCGCCGGGAUUAAAAAUGCCAUCGGAGGGCAUUCAAGUGCUCCAUUCGAGCCUCCAUGCCCUCUGCACGGUCUGACUGGCAGGGCAGUGCCAAUGGCUUCCAGACAGCCCAAAAUGGGUCACCCAAAAAAAUAAUUGUUUAGGGGGGGUGAGCUCUGUUCGGGCUGUUGGGUCUACUGCUCUGCUUUCUGCAAAUGAGGUGGGGGGGGGGGGUUAGUUGGGUUAGGAGCGCUACAGAGGCUGAGCACAUUUUACAUCUUUUACACGUUGUGAUUCGACUCGGUGAGCAUCAAUGUUAGCAUCUAUUUUAGCCUUCCUAAUGCACUGUCUUACUCUCUCUGCUCCAUUGUGUCCAAUCAGAGCCAUAUGCUCCGCUAGUUGCUGUGUAGUAAUUUGAAGUUUGAUGAUGGUGUGUGUUUGUGUUGUCUGAUUCUGGUAGGUUCAUCUACGAGACCGAUCACUUCAAUGGAGUGGCCGAGCUCCUGGAGAUACUGGGGAGGUGAGUCCAGAGUUUUUUGUGGUGUGAUUUCAAGCAUGCAUCGACAGCAUCAACAUAUAUCAAGGAUCUUUGACUCUAGCUGCAUGCUGCACAAAACUGCAGCAGCACAGCAAGCACAUUACAUUUUAUUAGGUGGAACUAGGACAUGAAACCAUGUACACUCAUAUGCCAUAAUAUCUCCAUUUGAGCUAAUAUUCUCAUAUCGGUACACUAGAAGUUCCCUUUAGUGUUUCUACAGGCCGCUCUGCUGUUAACACUUUAAAACCACAGAAUUCUGGGAAUCUCAGUCGCAGCUGGGGGCGCUUCCUGUUUAAAAAAUAUUAUGCGUUAUUUUGUUCAACAGUGAAAUGUCUCCCUGGUUCUAGCUAUGAAUACUCAUCUCUCUCUGCCUCUCAGACCACCCACCCUGCCCUCCGUAUCGUGUGUGUGUGUACUGUCUCUCAUGCAUGUGUGUUUGCUAAUGUUUGCCUCUCAAGGCGAUGAUUGAUUGGAGCGUUGUUUUUGUAUAUCCGCAGCAUCAUCAAUGGCUUUGCACUGCCGUUGAAGGCGGAACACAAGCAGUUCCUGAUGAAGGUGCUCAUCCCCAUGCACACCGCCAAAGGACUGGCCCUGUUCCACGCACAGGUAACCAAACGCCUAAUACAAGAUCAUUAAAUAACCCAUUUUAAGAGUUUGCUUUAACUACUCUCUCUCAGAAGACAACCAUUCUUCUAUUUUUAGCACCUAUCUAAAUCUGAAAAAGAUAACUGGCAUAAUGUGGGUUUUAAAGUGAAAUAUAGGUAAAAUGUUAUACAAUAGUAUGAUGUGGUAAUUAGCUUAGCUACCCGGUUGUUCUGUCAAGUCAGUCUUUGUGAACAGUAGAUGAUGUAGAAGCCUGUGUAAGCAUAACUCUCAUGAGCUAAAAUGAAGUGCUAAAAAAAAAAGAGCCUUGGACAACAGUGCCAUCUAGUGGCUGUAUUAUACACUUGAAAGUGUACAAAACAUUAGGAACACCUGCUCUUUCCAUGACAUAGACUGACCAGGUGAAAGCUAUGAUCCCUUAUUGAUGUCACCUGUUAAAUCCACUUAAAUCAGUGUAGAUGAAGGGGGCCAGACCGGUUAAAGAAGGAUUUUUAAGCCUUGGGACAAUUGAGACAUAUGUGUAUGUGUGCUAUUCAGAGGGUGAAUGGGCAAGACAACAUUUUAAAGUGCUUUUGAAUGGGGUAUGGUAGAAGGUACCAGGCGCACCGGUUUGAGUGUGUCAAGAACUGCAUUGCUGCUGGGUUUUUCACUCUCAACAGUUUCCGAUGUGUAUCAAGAAUGGUCAACCACCCAAAGGACAUCCAGCCAACUUGACUGUGUGAAACAUUGGAGUCAACAUGAGCCAGCAUCCAUGUGGACCGCUUGACACCUUGUAGAGUCCAUGCCCUGACGAAUUGAGGCUGUUCUGAGUGAAAAAAGGGGUGCAACUCAAUAUUAGGAAGGUGUUCCUAAUGUUUUGUACACUCGGUGGAUAGUACACACCACAUUGGAAUGUUUCUGUUAACAAUAAGUACGUAAGCUCACUUGCCUGUUCUUUGUCCUUUCAGCUGGCCUACUGUGUUGUCCAGUUCCUGGAGAAGGACCCCACCCUCACCGAACCGGUACUCUAACUAACUAACUAACUAACAUUCCUUACAUUCUACUAUGGGGACGCUACGUUCCCAUACGGAAAAGUAAUAUAUGGCUAUAGAUACACUACCGGUCAAAAGGUUUAGAACACCUACUCAUUCAAGGGUUUUUCUUUAUUUGUACUAUUUUCUACAUUGUAGAAUAAUAGUGAAGACAUAAACUAUGAAAUAACACAUGGAAUCAUGUAUUAACCAAAAAAGUGUUAAACAAAUAUAUUUUAUAUUUGAGAUUCUUCAAAGUAGCCACCCUUUGCCUUGAUGACAGCUUUGCACACUCUUGGCUUCAUGAGGUAGUCACCUGGAAUGUAUUUCAAUUAAUAGGUGUGUCUUGUUAAAAGCUAAUUUGUGGAAUUUCUUUCCUUCUUAAUGCGUUUGAGCCAAGUGUUGUGACAAGGUAGGGUUGGUAUACAGAAGAUAGCCCUAUUUGGUAAAAGACCAAGUCCAUAUUAUGGCAAGAACAGCUCAAAUAAGCAAAGAGAAACGACAGUCCAUCAUUACUUUAAGGCAUGAAGGUCAGUCAAUCCGGAACAUUUCAAGAACUUUGAAAGUUUCUUCAAGUGCAGUCGCAAAGAUCAUCAAGCGCUAUGAUGAAACUGGCUCUCAUGAGGACCGCCACAAGAAAGGAAGACCCAGAGUUACCUCUGCUGCAGAGGAUAAGUUCAUUAGAGUUACCAGCCUCAGAAAUUGCAGCCCAAAGAGAUUAUUGAAGUUAGCAUGCCAUGAGUCAUAAGUCAUAUUAUUUUUAAAAUAUGACAAUAUUGUGAAAUGCUCAUUUGCAAUUGAUGAACAAAAAGCUACUCACCAGUUAUUGCGGUCACUUUUUCAGGAUCCAAUCAGUCUUUUUUCUCCCCAUCUUCUCCCCUUUUAGCUUUGCCUUCUAGAAUUGUCACAGCUAGGGCUGUUGCGGUGACCGUAUUACCGCCACACCGGCGGUCACCAGUCAUGAAGACAGUCAAAUUCCACGUGACCAUUUAGUCACGGUAAUUAGGCUUCUCCAAGCUCUGAUGCUGCUGAUGGUCAUUAGUAACCUACCAAACUUGCUAACUGCCUGGUACUCAGCACUCUAUUGUCCCUCUAAUCACUCUGACGUCAAUGCAAAUCUAAUCGAAAAUCUAAUCAAACACUUCAUGAGAGCCCAUGAGCUCAUGUUGCGCAACAUUUCUGUAGGCUAUGCAAUUGUGUAAGAAAACAGAGUGAUGGCCUCUAUUUAAAAGAGGAGGAUCCCAUCAGAUUUCUAUAGGCUAGGCCUACUAUAUUUAUUUCUCAACUUUCCUAAUAAACUCAGCAAAAAAAGAAAUGUCCCUUUUUCAGGACCCUGUCUUUCAAAGAUAAUUAAUAAAAAUCCAAAUAACUUCACAGAUCUUCAUUGUAAAGGUUUUAAACACUGUUUCCCAUCCUUGUUCAAUGAACCAUAAACAAUUAAUGAACUGACUCUGAAAAACACCAAAAGAAAGAUGGCCUGGGUCCCUGCUCAUUUGCGUGAACGUGCCUUAGGCAUGCUGCAAGGAGGCAUGACGACUGCAGAUGUGGCCAGGGAAAUAAAUUGCCGUACUGUGAGACGUCUAAGACAGCACUACAGGGAGACAGGACGGACAGCUGGUCGUCCUCGCAUUGGCAGACCACGUGUAACAGCACCUGCACAGGAUCGGUACAUCUGAACAUCACACCUGCGGGACAGGUACAGGAUGGCAACAACAACUGCCCGAGUUACACCAGGAACGCACAAUCCCUCCAUCAGUGCUCAGACUGUCCGCAAUAGGCUGAGAGAGGCUGGACUGAGGGCUUGUAGGCCUGUUGUAAGGCAGGUCCUCACCAGACAGCACCGGCAACAAUGUCGCCUAUGGGCACAAACCCACCGUAGCUGGACCAGACAGGACUAGCAAAAAGUGCUCUUCACUGACGAGUCGCGGUUUUGUCUCACCAGGGGUGAUGGUCGGAUUCGCGUUUAUCGUCGAAGGGGCCUGUACUCUGGAGCAGGAUCGAUUUGGAGGUGGAGGGUCCGUCAUGGUCUGGGGCGGAGUGUCACAGCAUCAUCGGACUGAGCUUGUUGUCAUUGUAGGUAAUCUCAACGCUGUGCGUUACAGGGAAGACAUCCUCCUCCCUCAUGUGGUACCCUUCCUGCUGGCUCAUCCUGACAUGACCCUCCAACAUGACAAUGCCACCAGCCAUACUGCUCGUUCUGUGCGUGAUUUCCUGCAAGACAGGAAUGUCAGUGUUCUGCCAUGGCCAGCGAAGAGCCCGGAUCUCAAUCCCAUUGAGCACGUCUGGGACCUGUUGGAUCGGAGGGUGAGGGCUAGGGCCAUUCCCCCCAGAAAUGUCAGGGAACUUGCAGGUGCCUUGGUGGAAGAGUGGGGUAACAUCUCACAGCAAGAACCGGCAAAUCUGGUGCAGUCCAUGAGGAGGAGAUGCACUGCAGUACUUAAUACAGCUGGUGGCCACACCGGAUACUGAAUGUUACUUUACUGUUAGUCACAUGUCUGUGGAACUUGUUCAGUUUAUGUCUCAGUUGUUGAAUCUUGUUAUGUUCAUACAAAUAUUUACACGUUAAGUUUGCUGAAAACUCAGUUGACAGUGAGAGGACUUUUCUUGCUGAGUUUAUUAAGCACAUUGUUUAUCUUUACAACAGGAGUAUAGCCUACCUGGCUGGCAUGAAAAUGAACCACAGGAAAAGUGUCCUCCAUUUGCUAUUUUAAGUGCUGUUUCGAAACAGGUGCAUAAUAAUGGUCCAUUCUAAACAAAACUAAUUUCACACAUAUAGUAUUUAGUAUAUGUAAAGACUAUUAAAUCAAGAAUAGUCUGAUGGGUGACAAUAUUAGCCUAUCACUUGUGAAUGAUAUAUUGUCACUUGUGAAUGAUGCCCAACAUAAGAAACUGCCUUUUGUUUUGCAACUUUUUCUAAUCAUAGUCGCACACCUUAUGUAGCCUAGCCCGUACAUUUCACAUUUUAGUCAUUUUAGCAGACGCUCUUAUCCAGAGCGACUUACAGUUAGUGAGUGCAUAAUUUUAUUUUUUCAUACAGUAGGCCUAUAUGUUUUGAUAAGGUUUGUAUCACAACUAAAGUGGCCAAAUAACUUCUUAAUUUAAGCACAUUAAUCCGCUUUACAAGGGGUUUAGAGGCUAACUGGCAUAGAUAAGCAGUGUGUUUCAAGUUUGGGGAAGAUAAUUUAUCAUAAAAAUACACCUUUAUAAUAAAAUCAUUACAUGCAUAAUUGCAUUUGCGGUCACUUUUGAUAAUGGUGUUUUCCCGCUAAUGGAACAUUUGCGCAUAUAGCCUACUGCCAUGUGCGCAUUGCUGCGCUUAUAAUGUGAAGAAAAAGCCUAAUAGUUUAUAAACGUUCAGCCACAUUGCAUAAAAUAUUUUUUUUUUUACUAUUGGUUGUAUUAAUUUGGGUUCUAUUGCACCCCACCACUGUCCCAGACUAUGUUUGGAAUAUUUAUUUAUUGCAUAGAAUAGGUCUAAUUUUGUACUAUGGGGGGUAGUAGAUUGAAAGGCUAGUGCUUUUGCUGUUCAUUAGGCCUACUCAUCUUGGUGGCUGAUGAAAAGUAAAUGUGGACAGUUCUUCCAAUAUCUUCCAUAUGCACCUCGGAAUUGGAUAAGGAUGUGCGCAGUUGCAUCCCCGAUGUGUCUUGUCUUCACUUGUAGCCUGUGAGAAAGACCCGAUGACGUGAUGGAGAGCCAUGUGAGUGAGGUGCUUCGGAUUGCGCAGGGCACAACGCAGCACUGCGGGCCGCAAAAGGCAUGGAUUCUUUUAGGGUGCAUUACGACCACAAAUGGGAUUCCGCCAUGAAAUUCAAGGCAUUAUCAAGUGCUUGUCAAAUUGUGAAUGAGAGACUUGAAUUGUGUACAGCCUGUGCAAAAAACAAAGCAGAUUUCAUGCCUUUCAAGUAAUUUUUUUCAGAUCAUCAUUAGUCUCAUCAUGCAGCCUUACAAUGUAUUAAAAAUCUAAAUAUAUAGCCCAACGUUUGUAGAACAACUAAAGUUACAUAAAUAACUCUAAAUUAAGCAUAUAUGAGGGACCUAUUUCUUUGUUAACUGCUCAACACAGAAUAGCCUCAUGUGCGCACUCCCUCAAAUCCUUUGGAGAAAAUAUUUAUAUUUUAUUCAGCUUUGUUCAAUUGUAUUCUUCAUACUAUAAAAUAAUGCCUCGGGAUUCUAAGAAAAUCUUGUCUGCAAAAUGAACUAGUGUAGCCCACAGCCAUUUGGCAUAGCCACAACAUCAGGACAUAACAUAAGGACAACUCAGAGUAUGCUAUUCUUUUCUUCUGAAAUAGACUACAUUUUCUUCAUAUCAUGCUUCUUUAGACCUGUCUAAAAUAAAUAAUGGAUUUAUUGUGAUGGGGUAGGCUAUAUUACAUGGAUUUAUUAUACUUUUCAUAACGUAGAUGUUCCAAAGGUCUGCAUCAGUGUCUUGUAGGCUAUGUGUGGAAGCCAGUAGAUGCUAAAUGUGUUUAUGUUAAUUUACGGUCAAUUACCGUGAGACUAACAGUUUGCUUGACAAUCACCGGCUGACUAAAUUUCGUGACCGCCACAGCCCUAGACACAGCCAGAUAUUUACAUUUGAGUUAGGUCUGGAGAUAAUGACUUUUAUCUGUACAACGCUACAAAUAAUACAUACAUAUACAUACUGUACCACAGCCAUUGUCGCAUAGAAUUGGAAUGAGUAGAAUGGACAUUCUCAUCCGAAAGUGUUGGUUUGGGUGAACAGCAAGUAGCCUCUUUUCACAGGCGAUGUAUCUCCAACACAACGCCUGUUAUCCUUUAUAUGUGCAUUCUGAGAGGGAGACACCAAAAAAAGUACCCAAUGUGAUUGAGCCUGAGAGCUCCUCCCUGAUCUAAGGGCCUAUGCCCAUUCUAGUAAUUCUAAUUCUACGGUCUAGACAAUCUCUGUACAUAACUCUCAGGUUGCUUUUCAGCAACAUGCCAACAUCUAAAGCACCACACGGCGCUCUUGCCAUCACAGUGGAACUGUUGGCCUGGUUGCAUGGCCGCCCGCCAGACGUUCUUUGGGACUGAAACGUUCGAGCCUGGGUGAAUUUCCAUCUGCAAAAGAUGAAUAAUUCAGUCAGAUGCUAUAAAAGACUAGAAAGUACUGUAAGUACAGUAACAUAAUAUCCUCUGCAUUUAAAAUAGUCAUACUAGCUAAUACACUGACUUCUAUUUAAAACAUCUAGUGGAAAGCCUUCCCAGAAGAAUGGAGGCUGUUAUAGCAGCAAAGGGGGGACCAACUCCAUAUUAAUGCCCAUGAUUUUGAGCAGGUGUCCACAUACUUUUGGUCAUGAAGUGUAUAUGGGUAUUAAAUAUAUGAUCACUGCCAUAUAUUACUUUUCCGUAUGGGUUGUGGAUGUCAGCUCUCCUGUGAAGCUGUAGGAAUGUUGUGUGCUAGGAAUGUGUGUGUGCCAGUGUCAUAUAGGGGACAAACAAUGCUAGCUUCCUCAAACAAUUUAGUCCAAAAUCAUGAAUAGCUCAUAUUGUACCUAGGUAAAUAGCAUGUAAAAUACUGCAGCGCUAUCGUCCUAUGCACAGUACUGUUGGGUUGUUGACUAAAGACAGACAGAAAAAACUAAAGGCUCUUCCUUGGAUCUAAAUGUAAUCUGUUCAAUCCUCAGGUGAUUCAGGGGCUGUUGAAGUUUUGGCCCAAAACCUGUAGCCAGAAGGAGGUAUGUAUGUCUGGCUGUCUCAGUCUCUUUCUCUGUUAUGACUGCUAGAUGACACCGCACACUGGAGCGGAUGCUGUACCUUGACUACCUUAUGGUUCUAAACAGUGUACCGGCAUCUGAUUUCCUCAUACGUGUCUUGUUGUUUCCCACCUGCCCUAGGUGAUGUACCUGGGGGAAAUCGAGGAGAUCCUGGAUGUCAUUGAGCCCACCCAGUUCAAGAAGAUUGAAGAGCCCCUUUUCAAGCAGAUCUCCAGAUGUGUGGCCAACGCCCACUUCCAGGUACAGUCUUGACUUCCAACUUACCUUUAGCUCCUAGUGGAAAGGAAGUUCGCAAAGGGCCUAAAAAAAAGUGCAUCUCCAGCCUCAAGUCUUCUUGGGUAUGACGCUACAAGCUUGGCAUACCUGUAUUUGGGAAUUUCUCCCAUUCUUCUCUGCAGAUCCUCUCAAGCUCUGUCAGGUUGGAUGGGGAGCCUCGCUGCACAGCUAUUUUCUGGUCUCCAGAGAUGUUCGAUCGGGUUCAAGUCCGGACUCUGGCUGGGCCACUCAAGGACAUUAAGAGACUUGUCCCGAAGCCACUCCUGCGUUGUCUGUGUGCUUAGGGUCGUUGUCCUGUUGGAAGGUGAACCUUCGCCCCAGUCUGAGGUCCUGCGCGCUCUGGAGCAGGUUUUCAUCAAGGAUCUCUCUGUACUUUGCUCCGUUCAUCUUUCCCUCGAUCCUGACUAGUCUCCCAGUCCCUGCAGCUGAAAAACAUCCCCACAGCAUGAUGCUGCCACCACCCUGCUUCACCGUAGGGAUGGUGCCAGGUUUCCUCCAGAUGUGACGCUUGGCAUUCAGGCCAAAGAGUUCAAUCUUGGUUUCAUCAGACCAGAGAAUCUUGUUUCUCAUGGUUUGAGAGUCCUUUAGGUUCCUUUUGGCAAACUCCAAGCGGGCUGUCAUGUGCCUUUUACUGAGGAGUGGCUUCCGUCUGGCCACUCUACCAUAAAGGCCUGGUUGGUGGAGUGCUGCAGAGAUGAUUGUCCUUCUGGAAGGUUCUCCCAUCUCCACAGAGGAACUCUGGAGCUCUGUCAGAGUGACCAUCGGGUUCUUGGGCACCUGCCUGACCAAAGCCCUUCUCCCCCGAUUUCUCAGCUUGGCCGGGCGGCCAGCUCUAGGAAGAGUCUUGGUGGUUCCAAACUUUUUCCAUUUAAGAAUGAUGGAUGCCACUGUGUUCUUGGGGACCUUCAGUGCUGCAGUAUUUUUUGGUACCCUUCCCCAGAUCUGUGCCUUGACACAAUCCUGUCUCGGAGCUCUACGGACAAUUCCUUUGACCUCAUGGCUUGGUUUUUGCUCCGAGAUGCACUGUCAACUGUGGGACCUUAUAUAGACAGGUGUGUGCCUUUCCAAAUCAUGUCCAGUCAAUUGAAUUUACCACAGGUGGACUCCAAUCAAGUUGUAGAAACAUCUCAAAGAUGAUCAAUGGAAACAGGAUGCACCUGAGCUCAAUUUCGAGUCUCAUAGCAAAGGGUCUGAAUACUUAUGUAAAUAAGGUAUCUGUUUUUUUUAAUUUUUUAUAAAUUUGAAAAAUCUAAACCUGUUUUCGCUUUGUCAUUAUGGGGUAUUGUGUGUAAAUUGAGGAUUUUAGAAUAAGGCGGUAACACAAUUUUAAAAAAGUCAAGGGGUCUGAAUACUUUCCGAAUGCACUGUAUAUAUUUAUAUUCCAGACUCUGGUCCGGAAGCUAAUUUUCUGCAAUUCUAUCCAUUUUGGCAUGUUUUUUUUUACUGUGUAUUUAAAUACUGUAUUCUCAACAUAGCUAAUUUGAAUAUAUCUACUACUAUACAUUGCAUUUUAGUUACUGUUUAUACACACCACAUAUUUAUAUAUACUGGAUUAUUGACAUACAAUAGCUCACUCUAAUAUAUCUACUGCUAUACAUAUAAUUCUUAGUACAUCUUGUGUAAAUUCAUCCGGUGUACACUCAGUGGCCAGUUUAUUAGUACCAGGUCGGACCCCCCUUUGCCUCUAGAACAACCUGAAUUCUUUGGGGCAUGGAAAUGUUGCUCAAUUGGUAUCAAGGGACCUAACGUCUGCCAGGAAAACACUCCCCACACCAUUACACCACCGCCACCAGCCUGUACCGUUGACACCAGGCAGGAUGGGGCCAUGAAAUCCUGAUUCUGCCAUCAGCAUGACGCAACUGGGAUUCAUCGGACCGGGCGAUGUUUCUCCACUCCUCAAUUGUCCAGUGUUGGUGAUCGCAUGCCCACUGGAGCCGCUUCUUAUUUUUAGCUGAUAGGAGUGGAACCUGUUGUGGUCAUCUGUUGCAAUAGCCAAUCUGUGACAAGGACCGACGAGUUGUGCGUUUCGAGAUGCCGUUCUGCACACCACUGUUGUACUGCGCCGUUAUUUGCCUGUUUGUGGCCCGCCUGUUAGCUUGCACGAUCCUUUCCAUUCUCCUUCGACCUCGUCAACAAGCAGUUUUUGCCCACAGGACUGCCGCUGACUGGAUGUUUUUUGUUUCAAAUCAAAUGUUAUUUGUCACAUGCGCCGAAUACAACAGGUGUAGACCUUACAGUGAAAUGCUUACUUACAAGCCCUUAACCAACAAUGCAGUUAAGAAAAAUAAGUGUUAAGUAAAAAAUAAAUAAUAAAAAAAGAACAAUAAAAAAUCAUUAAAGAGCAGCAGUAAAAUAACAGUAGCGAGGCUAUAUACAGGGGGUACCGGUACAGAGUCAAUGUGCGGGGGCACAGGUUAGUCGAGGUAAUAUGGACAUGUAGGUAGAGGUAAAGUGACUAUGUACAGAUAAUAAACAGAGAGUAGCAGCAGCAUAGGGGGGGAGACAAUGCAUUUUGAGGAUCUGAGGACCCAUGCCAAAUCUUUUCAGUCUCCUGAGGGGGAAUAGGCUUUGUCGUGCCCUCUUCACGACUGUCUCUGUGUGUUUGGAGCAUUCUUGGUAAAAACUAGACACUGUCGUGCGUGAAAAGCCCAGGAGGCCGGCCGUUUCUGAGAUACUGGAACCGGCACACCUGGCACCGAUGAUCAUUAUUUUGCCUAUUCUAACAAUAAAAUGGAACAUUCACUGAAUGCCUCGAUGCCCGUCUGCCUGCUUUAUAUAGCAAGCCACAGCCACGUAGGAGCUAACCAUUUUUGUGAACGGGAUGGCGUACCUAAUAAACUGGCCACUGAGUGUAAAUACGUAUAGAUUGCAUUUGGAUUACUGUUACAGUGCUAUUUGGGUUGUUAAUUGGAUUCGUUCCGACAUUUCUUGUGUAUUUAUUUAUUUUUUAUAAUUUUGUUGUGUACUUGUUUGACAUGUUACUGCAUUGUUAGGAGCUAGUAACAAAAGCAUUUCGCUACACCCGCUAUAACAUCUGCUAAACUAUGUACACAACAAAUAAACGUUGAUUUGAUUUAUGACACAGUGGAAGUGUUUUUUAAAAAUGUAGUGCAGAGACAUCAUUCAGAAUGGGAUUCUGAUGUAUAUGAGUUGGUGUGUAGUAUUUGAGUGUUCUAUGCUUUAGACAUAUUUGCAUAUUCCAUUAUAGUCAAUGGCAAGUGAUGACUCAACAAAAUGUGACAACCAAUUUUCGCUGAAACGAAACAAAAUAUAAAAAAAACAAUUUGGGGAAUCAACUACAAGCACAUAAAGAGUGAAAGUAAGGCCACAUGUAAAAAUGGUGAACUUCAUGUUACUGUCAUUUGUUAGACUGCCAGCCCAGUUCAUUUCCUCUUGAUCCCUACAGGUAGCAGAGCGAGCCCUCUACUUCUGGAACAAUGAGUAUAUCCUGAGCCUCAUUGAGGAGAACAUCGACAAGAUUCUGCCAAUCAUGUUUGGUAGCCUGUACAGAAUCUCCAAAGAACACUGGAACCCGUACGUAUGCCACUCUCAGGUUCUCAACCCAUUGCCCUCAGGGUAAAGCAGUAACAAGCAACGCAAUGCUUAAUACUGAACUCUUAACUAUAGGUUGGGGAUUUAUGUAUGACAAAAUGGUAUUGCUUUAUUAGGGCGUAAUACAAGGUUGUGUUUUUCUAGUUAUCCAAUCUCAGCAUUGCUACUGUAGGAUUGAGUGAGCCGGUAAGCAUCUCCAGAUGUGUUGAAGUCUGAUGCCAUUAUCCCCUGUAUGUUUCCAGGACGAUUGUAGCUCUGGUCUACAAUGUGCUGAAGACCCUGAUGGAAAUGAACAGCACGCUAUUUGAUGAGCUGACAGCCUCUUACAAAUCAGACAGACAGCGGUGAGUGAGCUCUUCCAGUACCUAUAUUCUUUUUAGUUCUUCUGUCUAAACAAACAGUGUGAACAAACUAGUAAAAUAACUAGUAAGGUAUAAAGUUGGGAAACAACGCUGGCCUGUUUGCUUUGUACAACACAUAAUACAUUGGAUUACAUUACCUCUGUUAGCUACCCAUUUUCAAGGACAGUCAGUCCUUUAGUUCCCCUCCGUACCUAAGGUCUGACAGCGAUGUGUGUGUGUCCAGGGAGAAGAAGAAGGAGCAGGAGAGGGAGGAGCUGUGGAAAAAGCUGGAUGAGUUGAAGCUGAGCGAUGCUGCAGCACUGGUGCAGAACAACAGCCACGGGCUCCAGAACGCUGCCCAAAACAACAACAACAACAACAACAAUCACCACGACAACCAGGAGAAGAGCACCGCUGUCGCUGCUGACCAUGAAGACCCUGUAGUCGCCAUGGAUACCACGGAGAGUGUUGAGGUCCUCACA